UCGUGUGUGUGUGAAUCAGCGUGGUUUAUCAAACACAAUAGAAAAAUUUAGUUUUAUUUUGGUUGUUGUAUCUUUCACAUCGUGUUAAAAUAUAAAAUUUAUUUGUGUAAAAAAAAUAUAAAAUGGCUUUUCAUAGACUCACAUCGAGUACUCCACUUUCAUCAUUUAAAUACAAUGAAAAAUCAUCACGUAAAAGAUGGUUUGAAGAUGACAAAGGUCAACCACUUUUUGGCAAAAAUUUGUUGGAAUAUAGAGAUGAUGAUCAUGGCAAUGCAUGGGACGACAUUGAAAGUCCUGGUUAUUUUGAUUUUAAUAAACCAUCACCAGAAUCAAUGCCUGAUAAAUUUUUUGAUUUAAAAGAAGAACCAGAUAAUCCUUCACCAUUGAAAAAAGAAGAAAUGGUGCUUCCAACAAAUGAAGACUUGCUUAAUUUAACUGAUACACUGAGUGCUUGUUCAAUUUCAAUGAUUGACAAUGAAAAAUCCGACAUGACAAUGUUUACUGAUGAUUCUUCUAUGAACACAACUGUCAUUGAUCGUACCAGGCACUCUUUGGGACCUAUGAUGAUGAAAAAAAAUGAGAGUAGUAGCUGUCAAAGAAGACUGUCGACAAUUCCAUCACCAUUUAGUUUUGAAUCACGUGAAGUAUCAAAACAUCAACGUAAACAAGCAAGACAAGCAUUCAAGGCAGCAAUGGAAAAAGAACAACGACCAGUAUUUAAAGCAAGACCAGCACCAAAAAUAAAGCCAAGAAUUCCAUUAGUUCCAAAAAUACCAAAACUUACAAAUACAAUUAAUAAUAAAAAUAAUACAGACAAACCAUUGAAUGGUCAAGUUAAAGAUAAUAAUUCGAGCAAAGAAAAUCGACCAUUGGAUCAACCAAAAGCUGGUCCAAGACAAAAAUCAUAUGUUAUUGCUUCAAAAAUAAAUACAAAAAUUGAUAAACCAGUUUCAAGUGUUAAUCAAGUUAAUAAAAGUUGUGUAUCAGUUGCAAAAGGUAGUACAGAAGUUAGAAAAUCAACAAUUCCAUCUAAAAUUCAAGCACCAACAAUUAAAAAUGAAUUUUUAAUACCAAAAAUUCCAGUAAAAAGUGAUAAAAUUACUCAAACUACUCUAACUUCUAUUCAGCAAAAAAAUCAAAGACCAAUUGUACGUCAAAAAAGUUCAACAACAAAAGCUAAAUCUCCAAAUCUUUUGACAGCAAAACGUGCAAAGCAAAGACAAUUACUUGAAGAACAAGCACGUCAAAGAGAACUUGAACGUGAACAAUGUAAAAAAAAUAAAAUUAAAGAAGAACAAAUUCGUCUUAAAGAAGAAUCAGCUCGUCUUCGUAAAUUAACUGUUCACAAAGCACUUCCAUUACCAAAAUUUAUAAAUAAUCAAUUGACAAAACGACAGCUAUCCAAUCCACAAAUUCCAUUAGAUGUUAAACGUCGUCGUAUAGGAUAAAUUAAAAAUAACAAGUACACUAGAAAAUAAUAAAUAUUAAUUAAUUUAUGACGAAUUAACCAAUGACAAGAUGACUUUUUAAAAAAUACAAUAUUAAAUAAAUGCAGUCAUCAUAAUUUAUAUAUUAAUCAUUAAAAAAUUCAUCAAAAAUUGCUGCAAUAAAAUUAUGUUAUGUUUGUUAAUAAAAAAAUGAUUUUAUAUAUGGAAAAAAAAUAAUAAUAAUGUUGAACAUUUAUAAUAUAAAUUUAAUUUAUCAUCAAUAAAAAUAAAUGGUUAUUUAUUCAAAGAAAA